CCAUGGUGACGGUUCGAACGACCGUUCCUCGCUCCACUCGCUCGGCCUUCUACUGUUGUGGCAGGCGCGAGCAAUCGAGAGUGGGCUCCUUGACAACCGGAACCGGAGGCGGCGCCGCGGUCCACGGAGGAGGAGGAGGAGGAAGAAGAGGAAGAAAGAGACGAAACUCCGGGCACACGGUACAGGGCUGCGGGUCGGAGUCCCCAACCGCCAUCUGCUCCCUUCUCUCCCGUCCUGCAGCGUCAACUAUGGCCUCCUCGGCCGGGGCUCCGCCGGCAGCGGCAGCCGGCCCUUCCAUGUUCCGCUGGCUGGAGGUGCUGGAGAAGGAGUUUGACAAGGCCUUCGUGGAUGUGGACCUGCUCCUGGGGGAGAUCGACCCCGACCAGUCCGAGAUCACCUACGAGGGCCGCCAGAAGAUGACGGCGCUCAGCUCCUGCUUCGCGCAGCUUUGUCACAAGGCGCAGACUGUCUUCCAGAUCAACCAUAAACUGGAGGCUCAGCUGCUGGAUUUGAAAUCGGAGCUGAUCGACACCCAAGCUGAGAAAGUUGUGUUAGAGAAAGAAGUACAUGAUCAACUUCUCCAGCUUCAUGCUGUCCAACUGCAGCUGCAUGCUAAGACUGGGCAGAAUGUUGAUUCAAGCUCAAUCAAGGCUAAACUGUCUGUCCUUUCAGCGGAUGAGCUGGAGAAAGAAUUAGAAUCCAAUAAAAAAGAAAAAGUGAAGGAAGCAAAGCUAGAAGCUGAUGUGAAACUGCUGCGAAAAGAGAAUGAAGCAUUGCGUCGCCAUAUAGCAGUUCUACAAGCUGAGGUAUAUGGUGCAAGGCUGGCAGCUAAGUAUCUUGAUAAAGAGCUGGCAGGCAGAGUGCAACAAAUCCAGCUAUUGGGUCGAGACAUGAAAGGACCUGCUCAUGACAAACUAUGGAACCAGUUGGAAGCAGAAAUACAUCUUCACAGACAUAAAACUGUUAUUAGGGCAUGUCGAGGGCGCAAUGACCCAAAACGACCUCUGCCCAUGCCGCCUGGGCACGAUCCAAAUAUCAUAAGGAAGUCCCAGGGUGUUGGGCCAAUUCGGAAAGUGCUGUUAGUCAAAGAGGAUCAUGAAGGACUUGGCAUAUCAAUUACAGGUGGCAAGGAGCAUGGAGUCCCAAUUCUAAUAUCAGAAAUCCACCCAGGUCAACCUGCUGAGCGAUGUGAUGGCCUGCAUGUUGGAGAUGCCAUACUAGCAGUUAAUGGAAUUGAUCUGAGAGAUGCCAAACACAAAGAAGCUGUUACUAUUCUCUCCCAGCAGAGAGGAGGCAUUGAGUUUGAAGUGGUGUAUGUUGCUCCAGAGAUAGACUCUGAUGAUGAAAAUGUGGAUUAUGAAGAUGAGACUGGGCAUCGAUAUCGCUUGUAUCUUGAUGAGCUGGAAGAAAGCAGAAAUGCAGCUGUUGGCAGAAAUGAUGGCAGUGGUGAUGCCAAACCCCUAGCAGUGACAGAGCAGAAACCAGUUUUAGAUGCUAUCUUAAAUGGGGAUGCAGGAACAAGCAGUGAAACCGCUUCAGAAGAUGCAGCACUCAAACAAAAAGAUUGUGCAGAAUGCUCAUCUUAAGUUGUCCCUAUGUUACUUGAACAAUAAAGUGAUGUUUCUGCACUUGACUACCAGUACCGAAGGAACAUCGUGUGAAUGUGAUCAACUGUGUAUACCUAUAUUGAAAAUAAUGUGUAUAAGGGAUCACCAUGAUUAUCUUCUGUGCCUAAGGAGUUCCAAAUACUGUAUACCAUAGAAUUGCAUUAUUAACGGUUCUGCAUGUAUGAAAAUAUUUAAAUGUUGUAUUAAUUAACCAUCACAAGUAAAUGGUUGGGUCUGUAUGUUCUGAUGUUACAGCUACCUUAAGUUUUGAAAUUAGUGGGGAAUUUGGCAUGUACUAGGUGCUAGUUUACUAGUUGGUGUCUUUUGGAGUAUUUUCAAACUACCAGUUGACCUUUCCCCUGGGGGUUCUUUUUGUGCACAAUACCUGCAUAAAAAGCACUUUCAUCUGUUAAAGUUAUGUUCUAUCAAUCUAUUCAGUGAUGUUGCCCCUAAAUUAAACUAUAAUCCUUUGGGGAAAAUUUGUCAUUGCAGUUGCUCCUCGUUUUUCAUAUGUGAUUAACCAGAAAAUCUAAUUCGUCUUGAAAUAUAUGCAGAACUGUUAAUUGGAUUUCCUAAAGGUACAAUAGAACUGUCCAUGCCCUUGGCCUUCUCCAUGCAGCACAGUUGCAUUGUAUUAAAUGUUGCUGUUAAUGUAGGUAGAAAUUUGCAGUUAACAAUUAGUUAAUAUCUACAAAUAGUGAAAGUGUGAUGUCUUGUGUUUAAACUUUAUGAUCCAAAAAUAAUGAGUCAAUGAGAUAUAGAUUGUUAGGUUAUAUAACUGAAUCUCAUUGGAAGACUAAUCUCUUAGACUACAUUUCUUAAUCCAGCAGGAAGGAUUAUUUAAUGAUAUCUUGACAGUUACUUUGUUGUAAGUACUCACUUCCUAUGUAUCUUCAAUCCAAAAUUGAAAUGCACUAUUUGUAAUUAUCAGGUUAUCCUGUUAAGGGGAUAAAUAGAACAUUUGGUAAAGUUAAGGUGACCUUGAUAUAUUUGAUGUAGUGUCACUUCUUCAGGUGCAUUGCAUCCUUGGAAGAGAAGCAUGUUGUUUGAACUGGCCUCCAUGCCCUGUGAAUCCUGGUUUUCAAGUAGAGCAGGUGCAGAAUGAAGUUCAUAUCACAUUAAAGUUCAAUACAAUUCCCAAUGUAUGCAGGCAUGCUUAAGGAUGCUUAAUAACAAGAAUCUGGGGCUGGGAAAGCUCACAGUACUGUAACAAACAGUUGUUUAGGUGGAAAAAUGUUUUAAAAGCACAAUACAGUAGCUGUUGGAAAUUAAAAUAAAAUCAGAAAAUACAUUAAUUAUUUAGGUCAGGCAGUAUUUGAGGGGCAAGAGAGUGAGAAAACGGGCUUGGCAUUUCAGUCAAUUACUUUUUGUUAGAUGAAAAUAACUUUUUUUCUGAACAAAAAUCUCCCAAAAAUGGUAUCAUCGCUUUUCCUGUUUUUAUCUACAUCUACACACUAGAGUUCACCCUCUUUCUAUUUGUAUAUUAUAAUGCAACAAACACUUUUUAUAGAUAAUAAAAUGUGAGGCUGGAUGAA